AUGGGAAUGACCAAACGGGACCCCGAUGUCUACGAGAUGUGCGUGAUGACCUUUGGAGCUGCAUGCUCACCGAGUGCGGCGCAUCACGUGAAGACAGUGAAUGCCAAGCGAUUUCUGGAUACGGAUCCCAGAGCAGUCAAAGCCAUCGUGGACUACCACUACGUGGAUGACUAUGUGGGCAGCUUUGCCACAGAGAGCGAAGCUAUCGAAGUAUCUAGCAGAGUGAAGAAGAUACAUGCAGAAGGCGGUUUUGAGCUUUGCAAGUUUUCGUCCAGUUCGCCUACAGUGGAGAUGCUACAGUGGAUGCUUGGACCCAGUGAUCACGCCCAGAGUAUUGGAUGGGGUGAGGCAGAGUAA